CUUGUAGCACUGUGAAGUCCGGAAAGCCCACAAUCAGAUGAAGCUACCAGCGAUUUUGACCUUGUGCAUCUUGCUGGCCACUGUUUCUGCAGAAAUUUUGCUGAAUGCGGAUUUUGAAUUGCCACCGUCUAACUGGAAAGCAGACUCCACAUCCCCGUUAUUUCCAUUAAACGAAAACAACACAAUUCCUGGAUGGACAGUCGAAGGCGAAGUCAUGUAUGCAACUGCAGGUGCCGAUUUGUCCCUGCCACAGAACAGCCAUGCUAUAUUGCUUGGUCAAGACGGCAAAAUUAACCAAACAUUUACUGCAAAAGGAGCACAAAUGCAUUACCUUCUGACCUUCACUUUAGCCAGGAGGAACCAGAGCUGCGCCUCCAGUGCAGGCCUUGUGGUUUCAGCCCCCGACAAUUCUGCACAGUUUUCUUUAAACCGUAAAUAUGGGAAAGAACCGUGGGAAGUUUACGGUCACAAGCUAGGUAACUGGGGAGGUGGAGAAGCUGUUAAUUUAGUCAUCCAGAGUCAAGCUAUAGAUGCAGAUCCCAAUUCCACGUGUUGGCCUGUGGUGGAUGCUCUCUCUUUGAUCGCCGUUCAAUCACUCAAACAAGAAAACGAUAAUCUACUGCUAAAUGGUGGUUUUGAGUUGGGGCCAGCAUUCCCCGAUUUCUCCAGUGAAGGAAUUCUAUUGGAUUCAGAACCAAGUCUGCUUGCAUCUGCUCUGCAGCAAUGGACAAUAACAGGAACUGUGAAGUACAUAAACUCGAAAAACUACUUCGUCCCAGAGGGCAAAACUGCUGUUGAGAUUGUAUCAGGUAUCUCUUCGGGUGUACAAACAGUACAAGUACUCACCCAGGAUUCCAACUAUAAAUUGGAAUUCAUGAUGGGAGAUGCAAACGAUUCCUGUUCUGGAGAUUUUACAGUUGGAGUUGCCGCAGGAUUAUUGGUUCAGAAUUUCACCGUCCACAGUAACGGAACGGGAUCGGCCAAGAAAUACUCGAUGGCAUUCAAAGGAACUGGCCCAAGUCCAACCACGAUAAGCUUUAAAAGCUAUACAACAACACAAAGAGAAGACGGUAUAUUUUGUGGCCCAGUGAUUGAUACCGUUGUUUUAUCGAGUGGGCACAGAUCAAAUUUGCAUGGUACCUUUCUCGUUGCUUUUCUCCUUCUGGCCAUUCUGAAAAUAAGAGAGCUGGUGUAGUUUUGCUGCAAGAUUGAAGAACCUGUGUAAGGAAAGCAAAAUUACUUGCUUCCUAGAAGUGAAUAAUUAUUGUAACUCGGUGGAUUCUGAUUUUUUUUAUAGCAAAUUCAUCUCAA